AUGGCUAAACCUUCGAUUGUUCUUAUCCCUGGUUCCUUUGGGGUUCCGGAAUUGUAUGACAACAACAUUAUCGAGGCCAUCACAGCUAAAGGUUAUGAGAUCAAGGGGUUACACUUACCUAGUGUCGGCUUGAAAGACAGACCUAGGGAAACACCGCCAACAAUGUACGACGAUGCUGCUUUUAUUGCCAAAGAGGUAGCCAUCCUCGCAGAUGAGGGUAAAGAUGUCAUGCUCAUCGGACAUUCAUAUGGUGGCAUCCCAGUUACCCAGAGCACCAAGGGGCUAACAAAAGCGGAGAGACAAAAACAAGGAAAGACGGGCGGCAUCGUAAGACUAGCUUAUAUGACAGCAUUGGUACCUCCCCUGGGAGUGUCAUCUGCGAAUAUCCUUAGCACGCUACCUGACGAAAACCGCGUUGAGUUUGGAACUGAUGAUAAGGGCUGGCUUUAUAUCAAGAAUAUACCAGCAGCGGCUUCGGUAGUACUCUCAGACUACUCCGAUAAGGCUGAAAGGGAGGCAUUGAUUGAAAUGUUCCAAGUCCACUCAUCAACCUCCUUUACCAAUGAAUUGACACAUGCCGGAUACAAAGAUGUCCCGGUGUCUUAUCUACUGUGCCAGGGGGAUCUGUGUAUCCUGCCCCAGACCCAGAAAGGUGGGAUAGAGAUAAUUGAAAAGGAGAGUGGGAAUAAAGUCGAUGUCACGUCUAUUAAGGCCGGGCAUUGCCCAAAUAUUACUGCCCUAGAGGAAGUGGUCGACUGGAUUGAACGCGCGGCAGAGAAGUGCGAACUUUUCUAG